UCCUGUUUGGUUCUCUGCUCAGCACCACGCCAGACUCCAUCUUCACGAGUUUAUUGUGAACUGUUGACUUGAUGUUUUAAGCUUUUCAUUUGAGUGUCUUUUCCCAGUUUUGUGUUGGACGGUGACCGCUGCAGUCAUGUCGAAGCGUCGGAUAGAAGUAAUCGACCCGUACAUCACCAAGAAGUCAAAAGCCGGUGGUGCUACAGGUGCACCAGCAAUACCUGCACUGCCAGUCGCUUCAGGCUCAGUCACUCUCCAGAAGACUCCAGGGAUCAAUCUAUUCACAGGCCUACCUUAUACGCCAAAGUAUCAUGAACUGCACCGGAAGCGCAUUCAGCUCCCUGUGUUUGAGUACAGGGAGGAAUUCAUGAACUUGCUUGCUAAUCAUCAGAGUAUUGUGCUUGUUGGUGAAACGGGAUCUGGAAAAACAACCCAAAUACCCCAGUGGUGUGUUGAGUAUGCUCUUACACUCGGAAAGAAGGGUGUUGCUUGCACCCAACCACGACGAGUGGCAGCCAUGUCAGUCGCCCAGCGAGUGUCGGAAGAAAUGGAUGUGGCAUUAGGACAAGAAGUUGGAUAUUCCAUCCGUUUUGAAGACUGCUCUAGUGCAAAAACAGUUCUCAAGUACAUGACAGAUGGUAUGUUGCUGAGGGAGGGAAUGUCAGACCCAAUGUUGGAAAACUACCAAGUAAUAUUACUUGACGAAGCCCAUGAAAGAACCUUGGCAACAGAUAUCCUAAUGGGUGUGUUGAAGGAGGUGACUAAGCAAAGGUCAGACCUGAAGUUGGUUAUUAUGUCUGCCACACUUGAUGCUGGCAAGUUUCAGGGUUACUUUGACAAUGCUCCCCUGAUGAAUGUACCUGGCCGAACUCAUCCUGUAGAGAUAUUCUACACACCUGAACCUGAAAGGGACUACCUGGAAGCGGCUAUAAGGACAGUUAUUCAAAUUCACAUGUGUGAAGAAAUUGCAGGAGAUGUUCUGCUCUUUUUAACUGGCCAAGAGGAAAUUGAAGAAGCUUGCAAACGAAUUAAGCGGGAUAUGGAUAAUUUAGGACCAGAGGUUGGGGAGUUAAAAUGCAUUCCUCUGUACUCCACAUUACCCCCUGCGCAGCAACAGCGUAUUUUUGAAGCCGCUCCUCCAGCCAAGGCUAAUGGUGCUGUUGGAAGAAAAGUUGUGGUGUCUACCAACAUUGCUGAAACAUCGUUGACCAUCGAUGGAGUCGUUUUCGUGAUAGAUCCCGGGUUUGCCAAGCAAAAGGUCUAUAAUCCCCGCAUCCGUGUUGAAUCUCUAUUGGUGUCGCCCAUCAGCAAGGCCUCGGCCCAGCAGAGGGCUGGGCGUGCCGGCCGAACCAGGCCCGGAAAAUGCUUCCGGCUGUACACUGAAAAGGCCUACAAGACAGAGAUGCAGGACAACACAUACCCUGAAAUUUUAAGAUCAAAUUUGGGCUCUGUCGUCCUCCAGUUAAAGAAGCUUGGUAUUGACGACUUGGUACAUUUUGACUUCAUGGAUCCACCAGCGCCAGAAACUUUGAUGAGGGCCCUUGAGCUGCUUAACUACUUGGAAGCCCUUGAUGACGAUGGAAACCUAACAGAUCUUGGAGCAGUCAUGGCAGAAUUCCCCCUAGAUCCUCAACUUGCCAAAAUGUUGAUUGCCUCAUGCAAUCAUAACUGCUCCAAUGAAAUUCUGUCCAUUACAGCUAUGCUGUCGGUCCCACAGUGUUUCAUGCGACCAAAUGAUGGAAGGAAGCAAGCAGACGAUGCCAAGAUGAGAUUCGCUCACAUUGAUGGAGACCACCUGACACUUCUCAAUGUCUACCACGCAUUCAAACAGAAUCAAGAAGAUGUUUCCUGGUGCUAUGACAAUUUUGUGAAUUACCGCUCCAUGAAGUCUGGUGACAAUGUGAGACAACAGCUUUCAAGAAUAAUGGACCGAUUUAGUCUAAAACGUACCUCUACUGAGUUCACAUCCAAGGAUUAUUAUAUAAAUAUCCGCAAAGCACUUGUGACAGGCUUCUUCAUGCAGGUUGCACAUUUGGAGAGAACAGGUCAUUAUUUAACAAUCAAGGAUAAUCAAGUGGUCCAGUUGCAUCCUUCAACAUGUCUAGACCAUAAGCCUGACUGGGUGAUAUACAAUGAAUUUGUAUUAACCACAAAGAAUUACAUUCGAACUGUGUCAGACAUAAAACCUGAAUGGCUUUUGAAAAUAGCUCCUCAGUAUUAUGACUUGAAUAACUUCCCUCAAUGUGAAGCUAAACGGCAACUAGAAAUUCUACAGACCAAAUUGGAAUCAAGACAGUACCAAGAAGGAUUUUAAUGUCCUUAACUGUUGCUGGCUAUCAUUGCAGGAGUUGUUUUCUGUAACAAGGACUAGAGUUUCUAGUUGAGAAGUUCCUUCAGCCACAAAAUUAUGGCUUACACCCCAGUAGAGGAAGUUUGGAAAAAUUGCCAAAGUGUUGAAAUUGGAACCAACACAUUUGUCACCUAAUUGUCUUUCUCGCACUAGUGUCACAAUAUAUCACAUAGUUUUGGCUAAUUUGUUUGGUACUAGGGUGGCCACCUAACUGCUGCUAAAGUAGCAUUAGUGUCUAUUCCUGUCUAUUUUUUAGAAUAUUUCAUUCCACUUCAAUAAACGAAUUUACCAAACAUGUAAUAAUUCAAGUUUGUUUUCUUUUUCUUCUAAUUAUUACUGAGGUUAGAUAGCCUGACAACUUUAUUUUUUAUCCGACAUUAUAUUUUUGGGCUCUAGUAUUUUUUUGUUCUUGCUUUACCUACAAGCGCAAUUUCUAAUUCAAAAAAUAUUCAAUGAAAUGGCUUUUUUAUGUAUGUAAUCGCUGUAUAUUACUUGUUGUAUUACAGGAUACUCUAGUAUAAGAUCUCUCAGCUAGAUUUCAACUGGUAUUGACAUUGCUGUGUCACCUGUGAUUCUAGCCAAAGUGUAAUAGGUGCUGUCAAUUAUUUAAUAUUGUUUUUCUUUCUUUUUACCUUUUAAAUUCUAUACUGCCUUGUUCCCAUAUCACAAUGGGUUUGAUGGAGUUUAGCACCUUUAAGAUUCCAGGCUUGCUAGAACUAAACAAUUGAUUUUGUAAAUGAUUAUUGACGAAGUUUCAUUUUCCUCAGUGCUGGAGAAAGCUGAAUAGUUUGUAAGUGCGUUUCUGUGGAAAGUCCUUUGGCUCUGUACCCGUUUUAUAUAUUUUCUACUGAUGCAUAACUUUUGUGACCUCGAAAUACUUUUCACAUUAGUCUGAUUUAAGGUGUUAAAGGUGUGAUUGAUUGACCACUGUGCACUAUGUAUUUUUAAUUACAAAGAAUAAACAUUGUGUACAUGUGUACUCAAGAAAAUUA